AUGGGCUCUCCGUCCGCAGAAACGGCUCCUGUCUCGCCACCGAAACAGAUUGCGGCCAAACCUGGUCUCCCUUCCAUGCCUGUUGUCCCCGGGGGCACGAAAUGCCCAACCGGUCAAUCAAACGUGAAAUGCUGCCCAUCAGAUGCAGACUGCUCCGAGUUACUCGAUGACAAACAUUGCGCAAACAGCACUGCAAAUGUCUAUAAAGCCAAUGAUUACUUUUGCUGCGCUUCUGGCACGAAGGCCUUCCAGAAAAAGAACGGCUUUGUCGGCUGCACCGAUGAUACAUCCACCUUGGAUAGUAGUUUGACUCUUUUGAAAAUCCAAUAUCAUGGCACUACCUCAACAGCUUUGCCAUCAUCGACAAUAUCCAGUGCAAUUUCCAGCGCCACGACCACUGGUUCAGAUGCCACAAGCGCUUCGGAUAAUUCGUCUUCAUCGUCCUCGUCGUCAUCCAAUACCGGAGCCAUUGCUGGAGGUGUUGUCAGUGGAGUAGCUGAGUUGGCCAUCCUGGCUGGUCUACUCUGGUUCCUACUCCGUCGCCGAAACCGGGCCAAACAGAACAUAGGAGCACCUGUAGACCCAAGCCCUCUAAUGUCCAGUGCACCCGAAUCGAGUGUUCCCGUUUCGAGUAUGACCGGAUCGAGCGCGCCCGGAUCGAACGUCGUUGAGUACUUCAAUAAGGCCCCCGAAAGCCUGGUGUCACAACCACCGCAAGAGCUUGCUGGUCGAGACGAAAAUAUGGUCCAUGAGUUACCGUCGCAGCCGAAGCAUCGGUGA